AUGGAUCAAAGGAAGAGGACGAUCAGUCGCAUCUCCUUCACGAAGGCACUUAGAUCCCUGAACGCCUUGAUGGAUCAAGAAAAAUCAAGUACGGUGGAGAUUAAAUCGGCCUUUGAAGGACUAGAGAGAAGACACCAGGAGCUUGAAGAAAUUUCCAAGAAGAUCCUAGAAGAAAUGUUCAUCGCUGAAGAUAUUGAGGAUGAAGAUUUAGAAAAGACUUCCGAGGAAAACUUAAGGUACGAGAGCCAAUUCUUGACAGCGAGAUGCAUGUUCGAAGAAAGGAUGGCUUCGAUUCAAAAAAAGGCUCAAAGUGUCAGCAGCAGUGGAAAUUCUACGUCCAGAGCGAGGUGCAAUCUUCCAAAAGUGGAACUGGCCAAAUUCAGCGGAGAUAUUCGUGAGUGGCUGAAAUUUUGGAGUCUUUUCAGCAAGAUUCACGAGGACACUGGACUACGCGAUGAGGACAAGUUCCAGUAUCUGAUGCAGUCAAUGGUACCAGGAUCCAGAGCAGCAGAUCUAGUGAAUAGUUACCCUCCGGUCGGGGAAAACUAUCAAAAGGCCAUCGAAGGUCUGACAAAACGUUUCGGGCGCGAGGAUUUGCAAAUUGAGGUGUAUGUGAGAGAGCUAUUGCAAUUGGUUCUGGAAAAUGCCGUAGCGAUGAAAAAAGGGAUCCUCGCUUCGCUUUAUGACAGAAUCGAGUCAUAUAUUCGGGCGUUAGAAACUCUAGGCGUUACGACAGAUAAGUGUGCGGCUAUGCUUUAUCCGUUGGUUGAAUCCUCGUUACCAGAAGACUUAUUACGAGUGUGGCAGCGGUCUAACAGUGCAGCUGAAAAUGGUAACGUUGGAAAGGCGUCGAAUGUGUCAAAAACGCGACUCGAUGGACUUAUAAGAUUCUUGGAAUCCGAGGUUCAAAACGAACUGAGAAUCUCUAUGGCCGUAAAGGGAUUCGACAUAGGCGGUAAACCGGAACGGGAGCGAAAAGCAGAAAAGAACUUGCCGAGUGCGCGGAAUCUGCUUGCUUCGGUAGUGAAAGAGGACAAGUGUGUUUUUUGUGAAAAAACGAACCACAUGAGUGAACAGUGCUUCAAAGCGGAAAAAAUGCCGCUAUCGGAAAAACAAGAAGCGGCAAAAAUUAAGCGCGUUUGUUUCGGUUGCUUGAAAAGCGGACAUUUAAAGAAGCAUUGUAGAUCGAAAUUGAAAUGUUCAAAAUGCGGCAAGAGACACGUGGACAUAAUGUGCCCGGGACGAAGAAGUCGUCCGAGUUCGCGGUCCGAUUCAGAAAGCUCGGUAAGUGCAGUUAACAUUCCGAAAGAAUGCGCUUUAGCUUCAUCGGCCGAAAUUCCCGCGACUUUCAUGCAGACUCUAAGGGUGCGAGUGCGAAAUGAAGUGAAGGAUGUUGUCGUUCGUGCGUUGAUCGACACCGGGUCGCAAAACUCGUAUGUGUUGAGUAAACUUGCUGAAAAAUUGGAUUAUAAACCGCAUGGACAGCAAGAUAUGGUGCAUUUACUUUUCGGCGGAAGUAAAUCGGAUGUCGCGACGCACCAGAAGUUCCAAGUGCGUGUCGGGAAUCUCGAUGGAACAUACUGGUGCAAUUUUGAAGCGCUCGGCGAUAAAGUGAUUUGCUCGAAUGUACCAUGUGUAAAAAGAGGUGCGUGGUUGGAAGAGCUGAAAAAACGGGACGUUAUAAUGAGCGAUGUCGAUAGUGAAGAAGAGUGCGUAUCCAUCCUCAUUGGCGCCGAUAUAGCGGGAAAGUUGCUGACAGGGCGGUUACACCAAACAGAAAGUGGAUUAACAGCGGUAGAAACACAUCUGGGAUGGACAUUGAUGGGUAAAAUGCCGCCAAAGGAGAACAACGCUGAAAAUAAAGAAAACUUGGCCGUUUUGUCUAUCUCCAUGUUGACAAAAGAUGUGGAUAUAAAAGAUUUAUGGUCAUUAGAUGUUAUAGGAAUAGACGAUCCUAUAGAUCAUAAAUCACGUAAGGAUCAUAACAUUCAAGUUGAGCAGAACUUCAAGGAAUCUAUUGCGAAAAACCCCGAAGGUCGUUAUGAGGUAAAACUACCAUGGCUGGAUUAUCACCCCGAGCUCAAGGACAACAAGAGCAUGGCCAUGCAACGAUUGGAAAAAAUGGUCAAGAAACUACGAGAGAUGCAGAAAUUCCAGGAAUAUGAUGGGAUAUUCCGAGAAUGGCUCCACGAGGGGAUAAUAGAGCAGGUACCAGCACAAGAAUUGGACAACUGGGGUGUUUAUUUGCCACAUCGCCCGGUUUUCAAAGAAGAAGCUACAACAAAGACGAGGCCAAUAUUCGAUGCGUCAGCAGGCAGCCCAUCCCUAAAUAGCUGUCUGGAAAAGGGACCGAAUCUUAUCGAAGAAGUCGUGGACAUUUUAUUGAGGUUUAGAGAAGGUAAAAUUGGUGUGAUUUCUGAUAUCAAAAAAGCGUUUCUUCAAAUAAGUAUUGAUCCCGAAGAUAGGGAUUUUUUGAGAUUUCUUUGGUAUGACGCGCAGGGCAAUCUGAUAAUGUUCAGACACUGUAGGGUAGUUUUUGGUGUUUGUAGCAGUCCAUUUAUGUGA